AAAAAACGGAUUGCAGCAGGAUUUGAACCCGUGACCAAAGGCUCCGGUCAAAAGCAGCUAACCAACUGAGCUGCGCGUGAUUUGUUAACCAAGUAUGUAGCGAAAUAUAUUUAAGCAUAGUUGGAAUAGAAUUAAACCUAGGUUAUAAAGGGUUAUGUGUUUUCCCGUGACCUAAUCCCAUCUCUUCUCCCUUCUUCUAUCCCGUGCGUGCGCCGAUUCUGUCGAGCGAAGGAAAACGCGUCUCCGACGGCCGGCCGAAGGGGAUUUCCACGAGCUCUUGCGGAUCCGAGCUCUCCUCGUCAAGGAGAACACGCGGAAAGGAAGGAAUCGCCGAGAUCUUCACCUUCUCCGAACCCUAGAAGCUUUAGAGUUCUCUUCUUCGGUUGUAAGUCCAAGAACCGAAGAGUGAGAGAAGAGUGCAGGAUUAUCUUUGUUGAAGAACAAUAAUGACACAAGGAGUUAAAUUUGAAUACAUGCGCAUAUACUCCAUGAUAUAAACUAAUGGAACUGUUGAAGAAGAUGAGAUUUCCAAAGCGGUACAGUAUCAUUUUACUAACCUUUAUCUGCACAAGUGUGUGCUAUCUAGAGCGAAUAGGAUUUUCAAUUGCGUACACAGCGGCUGCAGAUAGCAUUGGUGUGAAUCAAUCAAGCAAGGGUCUAAUACUUUCGGUAUUCUACUAUGGAUAUGUUAUGUCACAAGUGCCUGGGGGUUUGGCUGCACAAUAUGUUGGAGGACGACGAGUUCUGCUGUUUUCGUUUUUGCUGUGGUCGCUAACAUGUGCAUUUGCUCCACUAGAUGCCGGCAAAGUGAAUAUGAUGGUUGUUGCCCGCUUCCUUGUAGGUGUGGCACAAGGCUUUAUAUUCCCCUCCAUUCACACAAUUCUAGCACAAUGGGUCCCUCCCCAUGAGCGCUCGCGUUCUGUUUCUCUUACGACAUCCGGGAUGUACCUAGGAGCAGCUGGUGGUAUGCUUGUGUUGCCAAGUCUGGUAAAAUACAAGGGACCUCAGUCAGUUUUCAUGGUUGAAUCAGCUCUGGGUAUCAUGUGGUCAUUUCUCUGGUUUAGGUUUUCUAGUGAUCCAGUUCGUUCCGAACAUCCCAAAGCUGCUGCUGCAGGUUUCGGAGAGCACAACUUGCCUGUUUCAAGAGAAAAGAAAAUCCCAAGUGCUGGAAACCUGAGGCGCUUCACUAAAAUUCCUUGGAAGAAGAUAAUUUUCAGCUUACCGAUUUGGGCAAUCGUGGUAAACAACUUCACCUUUCACUACGCAUUGUACGUACUAAUGAACUGGUUGCCAACGUACUUUGAACUCGGCCUUCAGCUCAGUCUUCAGGACAUGGGAUCUUCUAAGAUGAUUCCUUACUUCAACAUGUUCAUCUUCUCAAACACAGGAGGGAUUUUAGCUGAUCACUUAAUCACAAGAAGGCUCUUAUCAGUGACCAAGACUCGGAAGCUUCUCAACACCAUCGGCUUUGUCAUUGCAGCUCUUGCUCUAAUGGCCAUUCCACUAUUCAGGAAUCCCUCCUGGACUGUUAUAUGCUCUUCGAUUUCUCUUGGAUUCUUAGCACUUGGAAGAGCCGGGUUCGCUGUAAAUCACAUGGACGUGGCUCCGCGAUAUGCAGGAAUUGUUAUGGGAGUUUCGAAUACCGCCGGGACCUUAGCUGGUAUCGUUGGCGUCGGGCUCACCGGAAGGAUCUUGGAGGCCGCAAAGUCAGCUGAUAUGGAUCUUACAAGCAUAGAAUGUUGGAAAAAUGUCUUCUUGAUCCCAGCCUAUCUCUGCAUAUUUAGUUCUUUCUUUUUUUUACUAUUCGCAACAGGUGAAAAGAUUUUUGAGUAACUAACCCUCCCUCGGCAUGUUUGUUGGUCCAUGGACACUCACACUCUUAUUACCAUUUGAUAUGGUAGCAAAAAUAAAGUGUACAAGUAUAUUGUUAGCCAAAGUAGUACAAGAGGGUAAAUCGUAAAUGCAUGUGAUACCAAAUUUGUAUUAUCCUCGGAAAAUUUUAAAGUUUUUCUUUUAUUAUGGUUAUUGUUAGUGACAAAAAGGGGAGUUUUACUGAUCUUAUGGUCACACAUUUAAUUUGUGGAAAUAGUCUUUAUUAUGUAGACUAGUAGAUUUAAUGUGGUUCUAUUCUUCUUUGGGACCA